AUGACGACGACAGCGGCAGGCAACAACAUCGCGGACCGAUUGAUCGGUGCGCGCAACGAGCGAGGCAUACCUUCGGCUCUGUUUGUCGAGGAUGUCGUGAAGUUUGUCGGAGCCGAUCCGGUGGAAGGCAUCAUUGGUGCGUUGCAGCAGCUUUUCAGCAAAUAUAAAUUCAUGGAAACGAACUUGACCAAGACGAAGCAAUCUCUCAAGGUGAAGAUCCCCGACACAAAGAAGGAUUUGGCGAUGCUGGAGCACUUGAUUUCCCAGCGAGGCAAGGACGAGAACAUCGAGACACACUUUAGCCUGGCCGACAAUGUGUUUGCCAAAGCCACGAUUGACGCGCAAGUGCAAACGGUGUGCAUAUGGCUGGGGGCGAACGUCAUGGUCGAAUACUCGUUCGACGAAGCAUUGUCGUUGCUGAAGAACAACCUCCACACUGCCGAGCAACGUCUGGAGCAAAUUGAGUCGGACCUUGGUUUCCUACGUGACCAAAUCAUCACGACCGAAGUCAACAUGGCGCGCAUCUUUAACCAUGACGUCCGGCGUCGACGACAAGAAAAGCUGCAAGUGAAGGCAUAA